GUUGUAACUACUCACUUGUCGAAGUCCUUCAUUUCUUCUUCUGCAUACUACAAUCUAUCAAUAAACAACAUUGGCACUACCUCCUCCUACACGGAAGGAUAGGAAGUGGACAAGAAACACAGUAUUAAGCGCCGCAACAAGUUGGGUGCCGCGGAACAGAAGAAAUACAACCUACUAGAAGUUAUCUUCAUGAAAACUUCUCAAGAUUGCUUUUUACUCUUCCCAGAAGCCGGGCGGGAGAUAGACCAUCCUCUUGAUUGAAGAUGGAUUGAUCGAAUAUUAGGCACUACUACAUGAACAAGAACACGGAUGAAUAUAAAAACUACCACAUUAUGAAGUCGUAGAAUUUGCGCGACAGAGAAAAAAGAACCCACUAGUAUUCUGUGAUUGACGACUGUUGUUCCUAAGACAACUCCCUUGUGGCUUCUGAAGAAGAGCCCGGGCCUGUUUUUAGCGGAUCUUGAAAUCAGUCAAUCAAUUUUUACAAAGAAGCGCACCGAAUCAAACAUAAACAACUUAUACCCCACGAUUGGGUACACCUACACUACUACUACAUGGCUCGGUGCGGAUGCUACUCCUCAAUUCCUAGAGUAGUCUUCGCCUUACACAUACAUUUAUGGUGGACGUGUACGUGGAGGCUGCUAUACCGAUGUCCUGCAGUAGGGUGCGUUUCGCUGCUGCACUACGUACUAGCCGCUGUUGACGUGGUGGUCUAGAAAUACAGACGCAAGAGCUUGAAGGAAGGUCUCCAUCCAAAGCAUUUUUGAGCUACGUACUAUGAAUCAAGCUCCUUGCUGCAGUUCGACCGAUUAAGUAUUACGGUCAUCUUUCUUGUGUAUAAAAAAUAUCCAUAUCGCGAAUUGAAUGAAAGAAUGGGAGAUCGAGAAUAUCAAUACCGCGCAGUGUUGGACGUCACCGGCGACACCAUUUUAAGUGGAUGCUGCAAGUGUUAGUGCGUGCGUCUGUGCAUUCAGGAGAAUAAAUUUUGGAGGAAGCGAAGCGGCGCGUGAGAGAUGCAGGCGUUUGCUCUAUUGAGAGUUGAAAUGAGGAAACGAGAUCCAACGUCAUUUGCUCAUUGCCCGCAGGAACGUGUCACGAGCUCCAAAAAAA